AGGAGAAACCUUAUAAGGAAGUCAAUUGUUCCUUACUUUAGCGUAGUACGGUGUGAAUUGGUGCCAAGUCGGAUCUCCCCAAAUAAGCUUCUUUAGCUGCUCUAGUCAUGCUUAUCACAUUUGACUAGUCGGGACGAGCCGACUCACAGGCCUUUAGACUCAGGUACAGGCGAAAUGCCGAUGCACCAAGUGCUGAUUCACGAUGAAACAAAAUUCAUCUAACGUUAGUUGGCGCAGGAAGGUUCUCGAGUCUAUUUUAGAUAGUGGCUUGUAGCUGAAUGGCCAACGAGCUCGAUUGUCCCGGGAAGGUGCAGGAGUUGCACAUCCAUCUGUGCUACAGUUCACGAGAAUUCGAUACUUGGGAAACUUUCCGGAAAUUAUGGAUUCAGCAUUUGUAUCUCGUGGGUACUUAAUCCUUCGUCCUCACCUCCAUCUCAAUUCUUCACUUCAUCAACAUUCAUUCCAUCAACACUCACUUCAUUAACAUCCUCUCAAUUUUCAAUUAAUAUCAAAAACCAUCACCAUGCAGAUUCCAGCAGUUCUUCUCACCCUCGCUCUCCUCCCAGGAGCCUUGUCCUGGUCUCCAUUCGCUUCCUCGUACAACCCUAAAUCAGCACAAUACGUUUACUCGCCCAUUGAGCAAAUCCGUUACACACUCGCUUUCGAGACCUUUAUCCUCGAUUCGAAGAACUGGACUGCCUUAGAAUUUGUAUACACGGAAGAUGCUAUUGCGAACUUCACUGGUUUAGGAGCCGAACUUUGGAUCGGAAGAGAAGACAUUAUCACCAACGAGAAAAAGGGCUUAGACCACGUUGCAAAUGGUGUUCAUCAGUUGACAAGUAGUGCUAUCUUGAUCAACCAGGCAAACUGUAGCGAGGCUCACGUUACAACCUACAUCACAUUCAACCACUUCGACACCAACACGGAAGGGACACAAACACAUGUUUUCUCCGCAUGGUUCAAAUUCGAAGAUGAUUUCGUUGACACCAAAUCCUUCGAUGAAACUCCAAGUUCAUGGAGAGUACAGAAUAGACAGAUGGUCUUGGUUGGCGGAGGAGUUGGAGAUGAUCUUGCCGUUGAGAGACCUUAGAUGACGCAUGGAUAUGAGACUAGAGGAAGCAGCAAUGUGUGCGUAAAGGGCAACGAAGCUGGUGUUGUGAGAUAGAAUAGGAGGGAUGACGGGAUGCAACUAAAUUCAUGGUGGCAAACGAUAUCAGCCGAUUCG